AUGGGUAAAUUGAAGAGAGGUAGGAGAUCCCAAAAGUCUAGGAUUAACCCAGUGGCUCGUAAGAGCGGCAUGUCCAAACAAGAUCUCAAAGACGAAACUACAAGACAAAAGAAAAUAAUCCCAUUGAUAUCGAAGUUAUCCUCCUCAGCUCCUAAUGACAGAUCCAUGGGCCUUAGCGCCAUAAUGGUGCUUGCCGAAGAUGCAACUAUGAGGCGCUUACUUCUAAAAGAACGCCUAGUUCAAACAAUCAUGGAGCAAACUCUCAAUGAUCUGAACGAUGAGAUCGUGGUCGAGCUGUUCGGACUUUUACGGAAUUUGACUCUUGAAGAAGGCCAUGAAGUGGCAAAGUAUUUAUGGAGAUCAAAUAUUUGGGCAGCUAUCGAGAAAGCAUUGGACAAGAUUGAAUCUUCGUUCGAGUUCUUAAAUAGUAACUCGGACAAAAAGGUACAGAAGAAGAGAGCCCUCAUGUUGUACGAUUUCACAGAGAACCUUUUGUCCCUUAUUGUUGCCAUUGCAUCGAGCUCAGAGGAACUUUAUGACCACGUUUACCAGAGAAUUGAUAGAGUGCUUAAUCUUGUGGUAAUCCUAUUAUCAUUCAACUCCCCUGAACUCAAAACAUCACUCAAACUUUUCAACGCGCUUCUAGAUCUCGUGUACGAGUUCGCAUCCGAAUCUUCUGAAUUUAUCGAAAAAUUACAAACAAAUGAAAAGUUCUCCUUGGAACACUUGAGUGAUGCAAUGAACCAUCCAUCCCAGGGAAAGAACCGUCUUGGAAAAGUCUACAUUGAGGGCAUUCGCUACCACAUGUACGAGGUGGAUCCUGAGACCAAGAGAGAAGCAAGUAAAGAAACUGCGUGUCUCGCGAUUCUUGCAAGUGUAUUCCAAACAGUCUCGGGAGUGCAUCUCGAGGACAUACACAAGAACAUCACCACGACCAGCACUGAGCCAGUGCAGAAGGAACCAGAGGACGCAAGAGGGGACAAACCUAAAGAUAUUGACGUACCUUUUGGAGGAGCCAGCCCCGAAAAGGUACAGGCAUUAGCAGAUUUGCAAGCCAUUGACGUAACCAUUGACCUCUUUACGACCGUGUGUGAAUACCUCGCAAUCAACGAGAAUGCAAUUCAAGAACCUGUGCAGUUGGGCGGCGAAAUUGUUGACUUGCUUCUCAACACAGCGUACCCAUCAUGCUUGCAUUUAUUAAAAUUUGAUCUCGAACACAAAGAUGAAUUGGGGCUUACACAAAAAGUUCUCACUGCAAUCAACAAUCUAAGCUGGCUCUUCGUCUCAAACGAGACAAUACCUGUUGCAUGGUAUAACUGCGCUUUGGAGCUUUGGGACGUGGUAGAGAACGCUUCCAACGAUGGAGAUCUUGAGAGCCAGCGUCUUUGUCUCAAUGCGUUGUGGGCGUUGAGCAAGUGCCUUGGACAGGAUGUACAGAGGAAGGUUAAUGCCGGUGCAAUCAAGUCUUUGCUAAACAAAUGCCAAGAGCUAGCCAGGAAUCCGAGCUCGGGAGAAGACAGCAACGAAGUUGCAUUGGCAUUGGAGUUCGUCUUAUCUUGUGUUGGGUUCGUUGGAGUUAUUGCGCAAACCAUCGGUGACGUUGAAAUUACAAGACAAAUUGGAGACUUCCUUCUUGAAGCAAUUGGUACCUUUUCUCAGGAGAGUCCCUUCAAAAAACACGGGGUGGAAAUUGUCAUUGAAAGUUUAAACCUAAUAUAUGACAUUUUCGGUGAUGCAGAGUAUGCUUAUGACAUGCCAGUUUUUGUUCAGGGCGGGUACCUUGCUCGAUUGGAGCUGUUGGAGCCAGCCGUCCGCAGUUGUUGCAAAAAAGUCGACAAGAACCGGGAUCCCGAACAACGGGCCCGGGCUGAGGAGGCAUGGAACAACUUGGCACGAUUUAUCGAGUACAAGCGUCACGAAAGAGACUAA